AUGGCCUUGUUAAUAAAAAAUCAAAUAAUCAAAAAAUUAUCCAAAUUUGUAAAAAAUUUAUCAUCAAAUCAAAUUAAUUUGAGUACACUUAAAGGUGAAGGUGAAUUAUCACAUAUUGAAUUAGACGAAAAAGCUUUAGAAGAAGUUACAGAAAUACCGACAUGGUUAAAAAUAAAAAAAGCUAAUUGUAAUCGAGUAUUUAUUAAACAAUUAGAUGAUGUGACAAUUCAGAUGGAAACAUGUGAAGAAUUGAGAAAUCUAAAUGAAAAUGAAACACCAGGAGUUCAGAUAGGAGACAGGCAAGAAUUAAAUUGA